AAGUCUCUGCCAGACUUUGGCACACACGUUACUUCCUGGAUGGAGGAAUGGAACACUUCCAGUGCCGCUCCAACUAUUCUCUCUCUGUUUUCGCCAGCAGAACCGCUGCAGCUCUCCGCUGCAUGGACUACUGCCACUAGCGUCCUCUGCUCCUAUCUAUUCUAUCCUUGAUAAAUGAACUGAUUGAAGCUCGAAAGCUAUAUCUCUACUAACUGACAUGUUUUUUUUGGGGAGUAUCAAGAAGCUGUUUGGAAGGAGGUUUUGAGAAGUAAAUACUAUUUUCUGGACGUUCCAGACCCGCACUGAAUUUCACUGAACAGUCACUAGCCUACAUUUAGCAGCAUUUGCGCUGCUUUUACGCAGCAGGCAUUGAUUUUUUGAUCAGACGGAUAACUCAACAGUUGCCCUUUUUGCUCUCGAUGUUCAUUUUGUCAUGCGGAGGCUACUGCAAUCGUGUUGCUGGUGGAUCUUGUCUCUGAUCUUGUCUGCCUUCGUGCUCUUCUGGGCAGACUGUCAUCCUGCGCUGACAGGAGGGCAGCCUGGGGCCACGCAAGGGAGCCAAGAUGGCCGAGUGCCUGGGACCAGACUCAGGAGAGCGGCUGAGGAGUCCUACUGGGCCUACUCAGGUACGUACGGGCCAGAGGAGGGCUGGUCAUCAGCCUACCCAGAAUGCAGAGAGAGGAACCAGUCACCAAUCAACAUCGUAGACCAGGACACAAAGGUGUCCAUGGAGUAUCAGGAGCUCACUCUGGAUGGAUUUGAGACAGAGUCCUCCAACAAGACCUCAAUGAAGAACACUGGUAAAACAGUGGCCAUCAUGCUGAAGGAUGACUACUUUGUGCGUGGUGCAGGCCUGCCGGGGCGUUUUAAGGCCGAGAAGGUGGAGUUCCACUGGGGCCAGAGUAAUGGAUCAGAUGGCUCUGAACACAGCAUCAACGGCAGGAGGUUCCCAGUGGAGAUGCAGAUCUACAUGUAUAACUCGGAUGACUUUGACAGCCUCAGUGCUGCCAUGCGGCAGAAGAGGAUCAUUGCAGCGAUGUCGGUCUUCUUUCAGGUGGGACUGAAGGACAACCCAGCAGUGGACCCCAUUAUCCAUGGCCUGAGGGGCGUAGUCCAUCAUGAGAAAGAAACCUUCCUGGAGCCCUUUGUUCUGAGGGAUCUGUUGCCGUCAUCGUUGGGCGGUUACUAUCGCUACACAGGCUCUCUCACCACCCCACCCUGCAGCAAGGUGGUAGAGUGGAUCGUCUUCAACAGACCUGUGUUCCUCUCCUACAAACAGCUGGAGGCGUUCUACUCCAUCUUUACCACAGAGCAGCAGGACCAUGUGAAGUCUGUGGAAUACCUGAGGAGCAACUUCCGGCCAAUCCAGAGCCUCGACAACCGUGACGUCUUCAAGUCCGCAGUCAGAGACGCCUGGCUACCUGACCUGAUGGACAGCCUGGGCAACCCGUACGGAACGGAGGCAUCCAAAGUGUGCAGCAGUGCUCCCAUCAACAUGAAGGUGCAGCAUCUGAACCGCACGGCCCUGGUGGUGCGAUGGACCCGGCCAGAGUUCACCUACCACCCGCCAAUCAUCUCCUUCCUCAUUUCCUACAGCUGGACCAAACACGAUGAGUCCUACGAGGAGACACACGUCACUGACAGCCAGAACAAACUGGAAGCUGUCAUCACUCCGGUGUCUCCUGACGUGCUGUACCUGUUCCGGGUGCAGGCUGUGUGUAUGAGCGACAUGCGCAGUGACUUCAGCCAGAGCAUGCUCUUCAGAGCUAACACCACCAGGAUAUUUGAAGGAACAAGGAUAGUGAAAACAGGGAUGCCCACCGUCUCUCCGGCCUCUUCAGCUGACAUGGCUCCCAUCAGCUCCGGCUCCUCCACCUGGACCUCCUCCGGCCUCCCUUUCUCCUUCGUCUCCAUGGCGACGGGCAUUGGCCCGUCCUCCAGUGGUAGCCAGGCGACGGUGGCGUCCGUGGUGACCAGUACCCUCCUGGCUGGGCUGGGGUUCAGUGGUGGGGUCAUCUCCUCCUUCCCUAGCUCUGUGUGGCCGACCAAAGCCCCCGCCUCCAGACAGAAUCCAACCACGGCCCCCCCUCGUCAGCCCACCACCGAACCUGCAGCCGGCCAGAGUGCUGACGCAGCCAAAGAUAACGGAGAGGGAGCUGAGGACAGGGAGAAAGGUGCAAAAAGUGAGGGAGAGGAGGGAGAGAAGGAAGGAGAGGAGGAUAAGGAGGAAGACGAGGAGGAGAAAGAGAAGGAGACAAAAGAGAAGAAAGUGACAGUGGCGGACAAGGUAGAGAAGCAGACGAACAGCACGGUGGUGAAGGAGCCGCCCACGGCCGCCCCAGCCUCGACUGCUAAAGAGAAAGGAAGAGAAGCAGGGGAGAAUAACACCUGCAGCACUACGCCCUCUAGUGCUGUGGAGGACCCGUUGGUGUCACGCACACAGAGCACGGUGGAGACAGACACAGUGGUGCCCCCUACCAUGGGGCCAGGGAAUGACCUGGCAGAGUUCCCCGCCCCAGACAACCCCUCCCCAACUCUCAGACCUAGCACAGGAGGGAACAAGAGCCACUGGCCUUUCUCCAUACACACAGAGAGGACAAGCGUGUCCAACCUGACCCGGCAGGGUGCUCCCGGGGUGGGCAGGAUGGAGUGGAUCAUCCCCCUGAUGGUGGUCUCUGCCCUCACCUUCGUCUGCCUCAGCCUGCUGCUGGCCGUGCUCGUCUACUGGAGGAGGUGUUUCCAGACAGCUCAUUUCUACGUGGAAGACAGUAGCUCUCCUAGAGUAGUGCCCAAUGAGAGCAUCCCUGUCAUUCCAAUCCCAGAUGACAUGGAGGCCAUCCCUGUCAAGCAGUUCAUCAAACAUAUCUCAGAGCUCUACUCCAACAACCAGCAUGGCUUCUCAGAGGACUUUGAGGAGGUGCAGCGAUGCACGGUGGACAUGAAGAUCACGUCGGAGCACUCCAACCAUCCAGACAACAAGCACAAGAACAGAUACAUCAACAUCGUGGCCUACGACCACAGUCGGGUGAAGCUACGGCCUUUAGCUGGGAAGGACUCCAAACACAGCGACUACAUCAAUGCCAAUUAUGUUGAUGGCUAUAACAAGCCCAAGGCCUACAUCGCGGCUCAGGGCCCUCUCAAGUCCACCUUCGAGGACUUCUGGAGGAUGGUGUGGGAACAGAACACUGGUAUCAUCGUCAUGAUCACCAACCUGGUGGAGAAAGGAAGAAGAAAAUGUGACCAGUACUGGCCCACAGAGAACAGUGAGGAGUAUGGAAACAUUGUGGUCACACUAAAGAGCACCAAAGUGCACGCUUGCUACACGCUACGACGCUUCACUGUGCGCAAUGCGAAAGUAAAAAAGGGUCAGAAGGGGAAUCCUAAGGGGCGUCAGAGUGAGAGGACAGUGGUUCAGUACCACUACACCCAGUGGCCUGACAUGGGUGUCCCUGAGUACACGCUGCCCGUGCUCACCUUUGUCAGGAGGUCCUCUGCCUCCCAAACCCCAGAGAUGGGCCCUAUGCUGGUCCACUGCAGUGCGGGUGUGGGCCGGACGGGGACCUACAUCGUCAUAGACAGCAUGCUGCAGCAGAUCAAGGACAAAAGCACAGUCAACGUCCUGGGCUUCCUCAAACACAUCCGGACCCAGCGCAACUACCUGGUACAAACAGAGGAGCAGUAUAUCUUCAUUCAUGAUGUGUUGAUUGAGGCCAUCAUGGGGAAGGAGACAGAGGUGUUGUCCAGCCAGCUGCACAGCUAUGUCAACAGUAUCCUUACACCUGGGGUGGGCGGCAAGACUCGGCUGGAGAAACAGUUUAAGUUGGUGACUCAGUGUAACGCCAGGUUUGUGGAGUGCUUCAGUGCUCAGAAGGAGUGCAACAAAGAGAAGAAUCGCAACUCUUCGGUGGUACCCUCGGAGCGAGCGAGGGUGGGGUUGGCACCUUUGCCCGGUAUGAAAGGCACAGAUUACAUUAACGCAUCUUACAUAAUGGGCUACUACAGGAGCAAUGAGUUCAUCAUUACCCAGCAUCCUCUGCCCCACACCACUAAAGACUUCUGGCGGAUGAUCUGGGACCACAACGCACAGAUCAUUGUCAUGCUGCCGGACAACCAGGGGCUGGCGGAGGAUGAGUUUGUGUACUGGCCGAGUCGAGAGGAGGCCAUGAACUGUGAAGCCUUCACUGUCACACUUAUCAGCAAAGACAGACUAUGCCUUUCUAACGAGGAGCAGAUCAUCAUCCACGACUUCAUCCUGGAGGCCACACAGGAUGACUAUGUGUUGGAGGUGCGUCACUUCCAGUGCCCUAAGUGGCCCAACCCUGACGCUCCCAUCAGCAGCACCUUUGAGCUCAUCAAUGUCAUCAAGGAGGAGGCUAUGACCAGAGAUGGACCCACCAUAGUACACGACGAGUUCGGAGCAGUGUCAGCGGGCAUGCUUUGUGCCCUCACCACCCUGUCCCAGCAGCUGGAGAGUGAGAGUGCCGUGGGCGUCUAUCAGGUGGCCAAAAUGAUCAACCUCAUGAGGCCUGGAGUAUUCACAGAUAUAGAUCAGUACCAGUACCUUUAUAAAGCUAUGCUCAGUCUGAUCAGCUCCAAGGAGAAUGGCUCUGGCUUAUGGUCGCUGGACAGAAACGGUACCAUGGCCAUGUCGGAUGAGUCAGACCAGGCAGAGAGCAUGGAGUCCCUCGUCUGAAGGACCCCACCCACCAGGCCUGAGUGGCCCCAGGCCCUCGCAGAGAGAGAGGCACUUACUUUGUAAAACUGACUAUAAGACAAUACUUUGAGGCCUUUUUUUGCCAGACUCUUGGUUAAAUGAAUAACCUGAUUACUUUUUUACACUGAUGAAAAAGUUUUUGAUAUUUAUUUUUUGCCAUUUUACGUCUUAAUGUUAUCCUACUGAACGUUUGCAGCUGCAUUUUUGAGUUCACAACAACGAAACACACUUCUGUCUUUCUUGUUUGCACUAUAAUGUCAGUGUUACUGCCUAUACUAAGCUGAUGGACUCUGUUCUACUACACUUAAGCUCUGAUUUCAACAUCCCAUGGCAAAACCCUCAUUGCUCCGUUUGCUCCCUACUGGCUCAUAUAAGGAAGAGGAGCGAGAGUGACAUAACUUCCUGUUCAUAUCAAUAACCCUUUCAACCUGGUGUCACUACAGUAGACCUCUUCUCCUCUCCCCACCUCUCUUCUUCUCUCCUCUGCUCACCCAUAUGGCUCAUGUCACUCAUUUGCUGCCAGACUCGACAGUCUGGUUUCAAUCACACUUACAGCCAAUAGGGUCAUUGGUUCUGUUUGUUUGUUCUUCUUUUGUUUGUAUCACCUUAUCUUCAUUAUGCAUCUUAUUAGCAAUUCAAACCCAUAUUUGAAUACUGAAGGUGAUAUUAUAACAGCUACUGUGAACCUGUAUUGUUUUUUGUAUGAUUCAUAUUAUGCUUUUGAAUAUAUAUAUAUAGAUAUAUGUACACAUAUAUGAAUAUCCUUAUCAUUAUAACUUGUGAUUUUGUAGAUGUCCGAUGUCAUGACCUGCCUCUGAGUCCCACUUGAUCCAACAGUUUACCACUCUUAGUCAAUGCCAGUGUUGAUUUUCUGCACACUUACACCCCCUUCUGGCUCAGUUGUUUUUUGCUUCUUGCUGCUAAUAGUCAACGCAGAGUCAUAGAAGUUAGUUAAAUUAAGAAAUGAUGAUACCCUUGUGUGAGUGGAAACUUCUUUGAGAAAAUGGAUACUCGUGAUACAGCCGUUUGCCAUUCUCUGUGUCCUGCCUGUUGAAUUGAUUAUUUGGGUGAACGUAUGUUUAUAAUGCCCCCGGUCCAUCCUGAAGCAGGUAUGCUCCCACGUCACACGGCCUUGUGUACAUAGUUUCUAAUCCUCACCGUUGCUUGACUCUGCUUGUGUGUGGUAUGAUUGUAUGCUAUGACCGUCGUAUGGUUUUGCUCCAGAUUCAGUCAGGUGGGAACUUAGUGGCCUAAGCAAGGACAGUUUUACUGUGGUUCAAGGACAGUUUUACUGGAGUCCUAGAGUGAUUCACAUGAACUCAUUGACCCUGUUUUAGUUGUACUCCCACCACCACCCCUUCAUUUCCUGACAGAAUCACUUUUUUUUUUAAAUACCUCCCUUAGUUAUCUGAAGGAAAGAGAGACCACCUGUGAUUUGCAUUUGAAAGAAAAAUGUGAAUUAAUUAAACAGCACAAUGACCAUGCUAUUAGAAUAUUUUGUGUUUGAUUAUCACAACAAAACAUAGAGGAUACCUAUGAUUUGUAACUUUUACCAAAGACUUAUACUAAUUUCCGUCAAGAGAAAUAAUAGAGAGAGGGAGAGCUUAUUUCAUUUGUGUCUGAUUUCCUUUGUCAGUAAUGUGUGGGCUGUUGACUGAGUGAGUGAGGAUGUGUGCAUUUUCUUCUGCUUCAUUUGGCAUCUUUUAGUUUACAUGCUGGACUUUCUGCACAAAUUCGUCAUAACUUGUGUUCGUUUAUAAAUUCCCUUUGCUACAGGGGGAGAUCAUUGCAAUUUUAUUAUAUCUCAGUUCUGACUCAAUUAGUGGAAUAAUAAAGUAGAGAGAUGCAUUAAUUCCUUCUUUUUGUUUACUCGUCAUCUUUCAUCUCCUUCCAAGGAGGGCUAUUGAAUUAAGUCAUAACUCCAACAUUUGGGGUAAACAGCUGACUUUUGUCCCUUUGUCACUGAAGGCAUUUUGCAUUGUUAAGCACUAGCUGUUUUUCAUUCAUUCAGUUUUGCUUGUUCCAUCACUGAGCUUAGUGUCCACUGUCAGGUGUGUUAAUGUGUUGCAAAACACAAACACUAGUGGAUCAUGAAAACAAUGUACAUAUUUUGUUGCUUCUAUUACCAACCAUUUUCUGGAAACUUUGUAUCUAUGGUAUAUAAUCAUAGAAUUUUAUAUUUUCAUAUAAAGCUAUUUUUCUUUCUCUCAGUUCAACUCCUUCAUUGCAUUGCUUUUGUGGUGAAACGUGGAAACCAAGUCUUCGUGCAUUGAGUUAGUGGCCGUCAUCACAUUGCAAUACAAUUCCACGCCUCCCAUUAACUUUUAAGGCAGUGAUUGUGAUAUUAUCGUUAUUACUUUUUUUUGUUUUCAUGUUCAUGUUUCUGUUGUCAGAGUGUGCAAUAGAAUAGAUCUAGUAAGUCACUGAAUAAUUUCAUCCCAUUGACCAUUUUGAACAGGGGGGGGGGUGGCGUUGCUUCCUCUUUUGUAACCUGAAAUAAGAAAAGAAAAAGUGAGAAAAAAAACGUUUUUUUUUGUUGAUAGCUAUUACAAAGCAUUCUAUUAUAGUGUUAUUUAAUAUGUACAUUGUAUUGCUAUACUUAAAAUAAAAUAUGGGUUUUGAUGUA